AGUCCCCGCCACCCGGGCAGGCCCUCUCCUGGGCCCCCAGGGGCUUCUACCCUCCACCCCAGGCUCCAGUCCCUCCCCGGCGUCCCUACUGGCUCCUUUAGUUCUCCUGAUCCGAUCCCGGGACCCUGACCCCCUGAAACCCCUGCUCCCAGGAUUCAGCUCCGCUGUUGGGGUGGGGGGUGGUGAUCCUGGCGUCUUGUGGCUCCAGGCCGGCUGGCAGCAAGGCUCCUGGACAGCAUGGGGGCUUCGUGGUGGCUGUCAAGCAAGAGCGCGGCGAGGGCACGCGAGCUGGCGAGAAGGGGUCCCAGGAGGAGGAGCCAGUGAAGAAGCGCGGCUGGCCCAAGGGCAAGAAGCGGAAGAAGAUCCUGCCAAAUGGUCCCAAAGCACCGGUCACCGGCUACGUGCGCUUCCUGAACGAGCGGCGCGAGCAGAUCCGCACGCGUCACCCAGACCUGCCGUUUCCGGAGAUCACCAAGAUGCUGGGCGCCGAGUGGAGCAAACUGCAGCCGGCUGAGAAGCAGCGGUACCUGGACGAGGCCGAGCGGGAGAAGCAGCAGUACAUGAAGGAGCUGCGGGCGUACCAGCAGUCAGAAGCCUACAAGAUGUGCACGGAGAAGAUCCAGGAAAAGAAGAUUAAGAAAGAGGACUCCGGCUCCGGGCUCAUGAAUACCCUCUUGAAUGGACACAAGGGUGGAGACUGCGAUGGCUUCUCCACCUUCGAUGUCCCCAUUUUCACCGAAGAGUUUUUGGACCAAAACAAAGCGCGGGAGGCGGAGCUGCGGCGCCUGCGGAAGAUGAACGUGGCCUUCGAGGAGCAGAACGCGGUGCUGCAGAGGCACACGCAGAACAUGAGCAGCGCGCGCGAGCGCCUGGAGCAGGAGCUGGCGCUGGAGGAGCAGCGGACGCUGGCUCUGCAGCAGCAGCUCCAGGCGGUGCGCCAGGCGCUCACCGCCAGCUUCGCCUCGCUGCCGGUGCCGGGCACGGGCGAGACUCCCACGCUCAGCACGCUGGACUUCUACAUGGCCAGGCUGCAUGGCGCCAUCGAGCGCGACCCCGCCCAGCACGAGAAGCUCAUCGUUCGCAUCAAGGAGAUCCUGGCCCAGGUCGCCAGCGAGCACCUAUGAAGGUGUUGGCCACGCCCCUGCUCCAGAGAAGACCACGCUCUGGUCAUGGUCCCACCCCCACCCCAUGGAGGAGGGGUGGGGGUCCACCCUUUGUGGCCAGACCUGAUCCUGCACCUUGGGGGCUUCAGCCCCCCACUAAAAUUUCUAUAGCAGCCCUCUAGCUUUCGAUCUCCCCAGCACCUGGAACCUAGAAGUCGCCUGCCAUGCACAAUGAACGUAGAACUCCAUGGCCUCAGAAAGGCACGUCACACUACAGGGACAUGGGAGCACCACACAUGGGCAGCAUAGCCAAGGACACGAGGGCCCACAGCAGCUCACACGCCCGGUGUGGGGAGGGUGACAGGCUACACUGGCCCAGGACUCGGGGCAGAGGAAACCCACGUGACACACCAGGAGGGCCCCCCGAAGGCACUGACCAUGGGUGCCCCGCACAGGCAGGCGCUCUGCAGGAUACUCUCUCACCCUUGGGUGGGGCCCUCUGCUUAUAGCCCUUGAAUUCUUGCACCCCAGAAUGGGGGAAGGGUGUUGGUACUGACCACCCUGCCCCCAUCUCACUGAAGGACGCUCGUGGAGGCAGCUCCUUUGCCACUGCUUAAUCCAGAAUUUUUAAAUAAAGUAGAAUUUGAAUUUCAAA